CACACUGCCGCGCGCCAGAAGAUUUGUUUUGUUUUCUGUUUUUAUUUGUUCGUAUCUUGUGAAAUUGAUUGAUUCUCCACCAUGUAUCGCAAGUAUAAGAAGCGCCCGCAGAAGGCGCUCAACACGAUCGACGAAAACACCACCAUCAAGGUGCCCCGCCAGUCGGACACCACCGCGGAUGUUUCGGCAGAGUCCACGGGCAGCGGGAGCGAGGAGAACAUACCUGCCUCGCAGGAGCACACCCAGCGCUUCCUCUCGCAGCACAGCGUUAUCCUAGCCGCCACCCUAGGUCGCACCCAGUCCACCGGCCGGAACAUCCUGAGUCUCUCCCGGCAGCCAAACAACUUCUUCGAACUGGUCUUGAUACGAGCCGGUGUCCAGUUGGACCAGGGCGACAGCCUGAUCCUGGCCUGCGACCAUGUGUCCAUUGUGUCCAAGCUGCGCGAGAUAUUCAUGAGCGCCUCGUCCUACACGGACAAGGUGGAGACCUUCAAGACGGGCCUGAAUGCGGCGAUGGCACCUCAGUCGAAGCUGGUGCAGAAGCUACUCACCGGGUGCACUGUGGACGCCUCUGGGGAGGAGCAGAUCUACCAGUCGCAGAACAGCAUUUUCAUGAACUUCCUCAUGAUCGACUUCCUGCGGGAUCCCUGCGUGGAGGUGCUGCUGAACAAGAUCGAGGAGGUGGCAACCGCGGAUCGCGUACUCACCGGAAAGGCGGCCAUUCCCCUGCCGCUUUUGCCGCUGAUGCUGGCCCAGCUGCGCUACCUGACCGCCUCGCACAAGGAGCAGAUCUACAGCCGCAUCGAAGGCAUUUUUAACAGGGUCACGGAUGCGGCCAAGUUGGAUAUCAUAGCCAGUGCCGAGUUGAUACUGGAUGCCAGUAUGCACGAUGAAUUUGUUCAAUUGCUCAUCAUUAAUUACUCGAGCACUGAAGACCUGUUCCACAUGACGACGGUGCACACCCUAAGCAAUUUAUCGCUUUCCGAAAGCACUCAGGGGAAGCUGCGACAGCGGAUAUUGGAGUAUGCCACAAGUGGCGACUGUCCGGAUACCACCUUGGCGCAUCUCAUAAGGCUCAUGCUCAACAUUUUGAAAAUGGACACGGACGACAGUGUGCGCGAUUUGGUCAUCAAACUGCGAGAAAUCUUCAACUGGCGUCACAGCGUUCAUAGGGACAAUAGCUCGGCACCAGUAGACGAUCGAAAGUCGCAGCUGGAGCUAUUUGGCUUCCUGGAAUUGGGCCUGAUACGAUCCAAGAGAUUUUAUCAGACAUGGCAGAGGACUGCUGCUAGUUUGCCCGCAGAAGGAUUCACCUCCUUUGAGUUGAUUGUUUUGCUGCUGCUCAUACAAGUGAACGAAGAUAAUUCCCUGUACAUAGAAAAUAUUCUACGCCGCCGUAUCAAGCUGGAGCACAUUACUGUCAGCAUUUUGGAGGAGGUAAAACUGCAUUAUAAGCACAUCCUGGAGCAGCACAUAAGUACACUUAUGCACAUCCUGCACGACUUUAUGCGGGAGAAAAACCGAACUGUGUCCGACUUUGCCAAGACCUCGUAUAGUAUACUUUUCAAGAUAUUCAACUCGAUACAGAAAAAUAUCCUAAAGAAGCUGCUCGAGCUCACCUGCGACAAAUCAUCGCCACACCUAACAACCAUGGCACUGGAGCUGCUUCGCGAUCUGCAGUGCAAGAGCGCCAAAGAUGUCCAAAACUGUGCCACACUCCUCAUUCCUAUGCUGGACCGGAUCAGUGACUUGACUCUGACGCAAACUCGCGUGGCCAUGGACCUGCUCUGCCAUGUGGCGUUCCCGGAUCCCAAGCUAACGGGCUGCCUGCAGCUGCAGGAACAGGUCGAUAUGGUGGUGAAGAAGCAGCUGAUCAACUCCACGGACACUAUCAAGAAACAGGGAAUCAUAGGCUGCGUGCAGCUGAUCGAUGCCCUGGCUCGCAUUCAGACCGAUGAUGUGGAGAUUGACGAUUCCCUGACGAACGUGGAAAACGUGGACUCCCUGCCCGAUGGACGAGGCAAACUGGCCGCCAAUUUGAUAACUCGCACCGAGGCUUCCAUAGGGAACAGCGCCGAGUCCCUGGCCCUCUUCUACGAAGAACUGGCCACGGUUCUCAGUCAGCGCCAUGACGGAACCUCCACCUGUGGCCCAGACCAUCAAUUCAUUGCCUGGGCCUGUGAGUUGAUAACGUUCCGCUUCCAAAACAGCUUUGUCACCGAGGAUCUGGCAGAGACAGUAAAGGGCAUCAGGCUGGAAUAUCAACUGAACAUUAAUGAGUUGGACGACACAAAUGUCCACACAGACACCGAGGUCCUCAGCAUUGGCAUAAAUAUAUCCAAACUGGUCCUGUUGCCUAAGGCCAAGGCCUGCGAUUCGAUAUAUGUGUUGGCGCCGCUCUUCAACUGUGUCAGGGCCCUGAACAACCAUCGCCACCAUUACAGCCUUGAGCAGAUAAAUGCCUUGCUUGGAUGCGCCAUAGUGCUGCCCGCCUUCUUCGAGGACGACAACUAUCUGGCCAUCUUUGACAACUUUGGCGACGAGCAGCAGAACGACAUUCUGAGCAUCUAUUUCCACACAGUCAACUGGAUGCGGGUGACGAUCAGUGCGUUCGCAGCGCAGCGAGAUCCCGCCACUCGACGUCGGGUUCUAGCCAGGCUCGGCGAACUGAUACGUAUUGAGCAGAGGAUUAAGCCGCUCUUGGCUCGGGCGCCCACGGACUUCGUGGCACCGCCUUACCAGUUCCUAACCAAUCUCAAGGUCCAGAAGCGUCCAGGAGCGCCCAAGGCGGCGGCGAAGGCCAACGCCUCGACGGUGGAACCAGAGAGUAAUCAGACCACGAUUACAGACUUCUCCAUCAAGGUGGGGCCCUGCAAGACCAUUAAAACGAAGAUAGACUUUGAGCAGAUGUAUGGGCCGCGAGAGAAGUACAGGCCCAUGGAAGUGGGCAUCAUUAUGCUGUUGGUGGAGCAAAAGUUCGUUCUGAACUACCCGCUGGAGGAGGAGCAGGUGGGCGAGUUCUUGGGACUGCUAGAGCUGCGGUUUCUUCUGGAGGAUAUGGUUCUUAAGCUCGAAGCUGCAGUCAACGGACAACAGGACUCCUCGGACACGGACAGCCUAAGGCUGCAUCUGGCAAAGCCGCAGGAUUUUAUGUGCGAUCUACUGCCCUGUCUGCUCGAGGUGAACAAUCACCUCAGAACCCUGGCGGAAGCCAUUGACGCGCAGCUGGUGAAAGUCAACCAUGUCUACAGCAAUCUGGAUCUGUUCAAGGAGCAAUUCAACUACAUCCGAACCUGUUUUGGGCUCUGCAUUCGCCUGUUUGCCCUUUACUUUGCCUGGGGCGAGUGGGUGGACAAGUCCCAAGCCGAGUUGUUGCACAAGUCACUGUAUCAGCUGCAUUCCAAGGAUCAGUGGCCGGCGCUUAAGAAGAAAAGUAUUCCUCGCCUGGCCACUGUCACAUUUGAAUACUUUAUAAAGUAUGAGAAGUCCGUUUUAAACUUGAGUACAGCGGUUCAACUCCAUAGAUUGCUGGGCGGGCUGCUGAAGGUGGCAAGUGCCCGAUUCGAUAUUAGCCAAUCUAGUUUUCAGCAUGCCGAGCAUUCGCGCGCACUUUGCGGUACGCUGCUGCGACGUAAAUGGUUUCAUCACUCUGGAACUGUGGAUAAGGGUGCGCAGUGCAAUACCUAUCUGGACGAACUGGUCAAGGGCUUCUUCAAGAACUCCACACCUGAACAGCAGAGUGAACUUUUGGGCCAGUUGGUAGAAGAAUGUGCGAUUCUUAAUACCAAGGACAAGGCUCUGAACUCCUUCCCGAACUUCAAGAAAGCAAACUUUCCACUGCUGUUUCGAGGACUGUGCGAGGUGCUCAUUCACUCUCUUAGUGCCCAUCUCAGCGUGGACAAGAAAGGAGACCACCUGCAACUCUGGGAGUCCACUGUGGGCUUGCUAAAUGGGCUGCUGAAAAUUGUUCAGCUUGUUGAACAACCCAGAAAUUUUGGCCUGUUCCUAAAGCACUCGCAAAUAUUUCUGAAGCUGCUGCUUCAGCAGGGAAUGUCAGCCCUGGAGUCUAUUGUUCGGCAGGAUCCCGAACGGCUCACAAAGUUUCUGCACGAGCUGCAGAAGGUGACCAGAUUCCUGCACCAACUCUGCUGCCAUUCAAAGUUUAUUAAAAAUACAGCCAUCAUCAGCUACAUUCCCGCGCUCAGGGAGACGAUCGAGACGCUGGUGUUUCGCGUGAAAGCCUUGCUGGCUGCCAACAAUUGCCACUCGGCCUUCCACAUGGGUAAUAUGAUAAACAGGGACUUGCACGGUGACUCAAUCAUCACGCCAGUCGGUUCGUUUGUUGGCGAGGAAAACAGCGAUGAGGAAAUACCCGCAGAUGAUACCAGUGUCGAUGAGACGGUGCUGGGGGACAACAUGGGCAUCACCGCCAUAAGUGUCAGCACAAGACCAAGCGAUGGCAGCCGGCGAAGCAGUAAGUCCUCUUCAUCCCGCAGUAAAUGCUUUUAAAAAUGUACUUGCUUUCAAUUAAAUGGUACAAAUAAAUAAAUUCUACUACUGUGAAGUCGUAGUAUGGUAUGAGU